GGCUACGACACAGAAGUGGGCGAAUUUGGUGCUCAGCUUUCCGGUGGUCAGAAACAGCGAAUUGCGAUUGCUCGGGCAAUAAUCCGCGAACCGCGAGUGCUUCUGCUUGACGAAGCAACUGCAGCUUUGGAUACCGCCAGCGAAAAGGCGGUUCAAAGUGCACUCGAGUCGGUCAGUAAAAAUUGCACAUGCAUUUACGUGGCUCACCGACUCUCAUCUAUACGAUCCGUCAAUAGGAUCUAUGUUCUGGUCGAUGGUGAGAUUGCUGAGCAAGGUAUCAUGUCGUCGACAUGUUUUUUCUUCCAAAAUUUAUUUUGGAACUACAAAUUUUUAUUAAAGUACCUGUAUGAUAUCAAGUGUUAUAUUAGUUAGUA